GAGAGCGAGACGAGUGUGAAGGGGAGGACCGGUGCGAAGCAGGCGCCCGCGAGGCUCCGCUCGCCCACCGCCCAGCCCUUCCUCUCGCCCCCUGCUUCUCUCUCUGCCCGUACCUUUCCCCGAAAACCGCCUAUUUAGCCAAAGGGAGGAAGUAAGGGGAACCCUCUCCCCUCCCCUUCCAAAAAACCAAAACUUUUCCCAGUCCGGAGAAAGUGUGGGGGCGAGUGGCGGCCCGGCUGGCCAUGGAGCUCCUGUGCUGCGAGGUGGACCCGGUCCGCAGAGCCGUGCGGGACCGCAACCUGCUCUACGACGACCGCGUCCUGCAGAACCUGCUCACCAUCGAGGAGCGCUACCUGCCGCAGUGCUCCUACUUCAAGUGCGUGCAGAAGGACAUCCAGCCCUACAUGCGCAGGAUGGUGGCCACCUGGAUGCUGGAGGUCUGUGAGGAACAGAAGUGUGAAGAGGAGGUCUUCCCUUUGGCCAUGAAUUACCUGGACCGUUUCUUGGCUGGGGUCCCAACUCCCAAGACCCAUCUUCAGCUCCUGGGUGCUGUCUGCAUGUUCUUGGCCUCCAAGCUGAAAGAGACCAUCCCGCUGACCGCUGAGAAGUUGUGCAUUUACACCGACAACUCCAUCAAGCCUCAGGAGCUGCUGGAGUGGGAACUGGUGGUCUUGGGAAAGUUGAAGUGGAACCUGGCAGCUGUCACUCCUCAUGACUUCAUCGAGCACAUCCUUCGCAAGCUGCCCCCGCAGAGGGAGAAGUUGUCUUUGAUCCGCAAACAUGCGCAGACCUUCAUUGCUCUGUGUGCCACCGACUUUAAGUUUGCCAUGUACCCGCCGUCAAUGAUAGCAACUGGAAGCGUGGGCGCGGCCAUCUGCGGGCUCCAGCAUGAUGAGGAAGUGAGCUCGCUCACCUGCGAUGCCCUGACCGAGCUGCUGGCCAAGAUCACCAACACCGAUGUGGAUUGCCUCAAAGCCUGCCAGGAGCAGAUCGAGGCACUGCUGCUCAACAGUCUGCAACAGUACCGUCAGGACCAGCGUGAUGGGUCCAAGUCGGAGGAUGAACUGGACCAAGCCAGCAGCACCCCUACAGAUGUGCGGGAUAUUGACCUGUGAGGACACCGGUCGGGCCCAGCAAGAGAGGCGCGUUUGUCAUCUGUCCUCUCCUUCUCUCUGGUUAUGUUUUGUUCUUUGUGUUUUAGGAUGAAGCUUAAAAAAGAAAAAAAAAAAAAUCUGCCCCCACCUAGAUCAUAUUUAAAGAUCUUUUAGAAGUGAGAGAAAAAGAUCCUAUAAAAACGGAAUAAUUAAAAGCAUU